UAUUGCCGGCAUGAUGUCACACCCGGUGGAUCUGUAAUCACUUUCUGGCAUAAGGUUGACUGUUCAGGAAAAGGAUUUGAUCGAGUUCCAUCUGAAGAUAUACCUACUGAUGCCACAGAUAUUUUGUUGUCUAACAAUAAAAUCACAAAAAUAAGUGCAGAUGCGUUCAAAUCUACGCCAAAUGCAAUGUUUAUAGAUCUUUCGAUCAAUAAAUUAGAUUACACCCUCAUUGACGACAAUGCUUUCCGAGGACUUGGCAAGCUACGCAAACUCUAUUUAUCAAGCAACCGCGCGAUUUCUACCGUUCGAAAGCAGUGGUUUAAGUCACUUAUUUCUUUAGAAAAUUUACGCAUUGCAAGCUCUCACGUGCUCACAAUUGAAGAUAACUCUUUCCAGGAACUCCGGAAUCUAAGUAUCGUCGUUCUGAACAAUAACCGCAUUGCUAAAAUACCGCCAGAAUUAUUUCACGGCUUGCCUAUACUUAGAGGCGUAUAUAUCCAGCAGAAUUCCAUCCAGAAUUUACCUGUCGACAUGUUUCUGGGGUCAUCAGAAAAAUUAUAUGAACUAAACAUUGCAUACAAUCAGAUAACUAACAUUCGAAAAGAGGUAAACUUGCAAAAUUUGACACAGUUACAGAAGCUUAGUGUGCAGAACAAUCCGUAUUCCUGCAAUUGUAAUAUCCUCUGGUUUCGUAACUGGUUAUUGAACGGAACCUCAGCAACUCUGCUGGACAAAGAUGAAGUCGUUUGUGCAAGUGGACCGACUGAUGUUGUUAAAAAGAAUUUACUGGAGUUCGAUCCAGAAAUUCUACACUGUAAAUCACAGCUCAUUAUGAUCAUUACCAUGGCAUGUUCUGUGGGCCUCGUGAUCUGUGCGUUAGUGUCUUUUAUUUAUUAUCAUCGAUGGAAUAUAAGAUAUUGGUACCAAAGGAGAAAAUUACGGAAACAGUACGAGCGUCUUACGCACUUAGAGGCGCCCCCGCUUGACCAACGUAUAAUUUACGAUGCAUUCAUCUCUUACAAUAGUAAAGACGUGGAAUGGGUUAAUAAAGUGCUUCAAACAACAUUAGAAGCACCGCCCCAUAAUCUAAAACUUUGUAUUGAUUACCGAGACUUUUUGGUCGGCGAGGCCAUCGCUCAGAACAUCGCAAACUCGGUGAGGUCCAGUCGGAAAACCGUUCUAGUUGUCAGCAACAAUUUCGUCCGCAGUGAAUGGUGUAACUUUGAAUUGGAGAUGGCGCGAAAUCGUAUGUUUGACGCACAUGAAGAUGUAUUGGUUACGAUCUUACUAGAGAACGUAAAAUAUUCAUCGAUGCCUGUAUUACUUCAAAAAGUGCUACGAAAAAAAACAUACAUAGAAUGGCCGAAAGAAGAAGGUCGGAAGGUGUUUUGGACUCGGCUAGCCAGGGCCAUUGGGUCACCCAACGUUUCCCUGGAGGCGUCACGUAUUGGAAUAAAUUAAUGUGUUGAUGUUGAUGACUCUAAAUGACUUUUUAUUACUUUUGCCAUUCCGGUUAUAUAUUCCGUGACAGAAACUACAAUACGUACUUACAC